UUUAGCCAAUUACCAACCAAAUUUUAUUCCGGUAUACUUCUAAAUGGAUUAAAAUUAGUAAUCAUUAUGCUUUUCAUGUGCUAAAAGUUUUUAAUCCAAUUUAUACCAUUGUUUAUCUUAUUGUAAAUAAAGUUGAAUAAUCUAAGUCAAGAUGGUUAAGGAGAAUAAAAUACUAAAUUUAGAAAAUGAAAAUGACGAAUAUGAACAACCUAAUCCACAAUGCGUAGGCUCAGAAUUUGUUAAGCAAUAUUACACAACUCUUAGUAAAAUCCCUGAUUUUCUCUUUAGAUUUUAUACUGAUAAAUCAUCUUUUGUUCAUGGUGGGAUUGGGCAGGACGAUGAAGAACUCCCAGUUAUUGGACAAAAGGCUAUUUAUAAAAAAAUUCAAUCUUUACAAUUUCGUGAUUGUAGAACUAAAAUUAGAAAAGUAGAUAGUCACCCUACUUUAAGUGAUGGGAUUGUACUUCAAGUAGCUGGUGAGAUAUCAAAUAAUAGUGGUCCUAUGCGAAGGUUUAUGCAAACAUUUGUUCUUGGAUUUCAAAAACCUAGAAGAUAUUAUGUUAUCAAUGAUAUAUUUCGUUAUCAAGAUGAAAUAUUUGAUGAACACGAGGAAUCCAAUCAUAAUCUAAGUCCAUCUAUUCAUUCACUUGAAACUAGACAAAAUCAGAAUAUUUUUAAUAAUACUGAAUAUGAUAAUGAAACUUCGGUUGACAACAAUAAAUCACAUAUUAGUAAUAAUUUAUUUGACUCCUCACAUCAAAAUGUACUUUUUUCAAACAAUUUAACAACUAUAUCUAAAGAUAUUAUACAUGAAUCACCUUCUAAAAACAUUAAAAAUAUAUAUAAUCUGCCAAUAGCAAAUUCUACAACUACACAAUAUGCUUCUUUUUUUGAGGAAUCAUCAAAUUUAAGAUCUACACAGGAAGAAACCCUGACAAAUAUAAAUUUAGAUAAAAAUAACUACUUGCCAAGUCAAAAUCAUUUACUUACUAAUGGCCAUGAAAAUUGGGAUUCUGAAGAGCAUGAUAUAAAAAAUAAUGAUGAGCUUAAUUUGGUAGAUUCAUCUCAAAAUUUAAACAAUAUUGCUUUAAUUAAGGAUGAGUUAUUACUUAACAAAAAUACAAAUUGUAAUCAAGAAAAAUUUAUAGAAUUAUCAGAUGAAAUUCAAGACAUAAAUAAUGGUCCAACUAAAACAUAUGCCCAACUAUUAAGCAAAAACAAACUGAAUGAAGUACCUCAAUAUUAUAAUCAAAAUUUUGCAAAUUCAAAAAAGAAUGAGAGAGUUGACCAAAUUGGUAAGAACAAUAAUAUUUCAAAUGUGAUUAUAAAUGAAAAAGAAAUAUCAAGUCUAGAAAAAAAUGACCUUAAUAGUAAUAACGUAAAUGCAAAGCAAAAUAAUACCUUUUCCAAGCCAUUUAAAGCUCCACAGCAAUCAUAUUUUAAAGAUAACAAUAAAAGUUAUCCCGUUAAUGAUGAUGCUCAUAAACCAGUUUAUGGGCCACAAUUGCAAUUACAAUCACCGCAGACUGCUACUUUACCCCAACCCAAUAUAAUCUAUCCAGAUAGUCAUCAAAUAUUUGUAGGCAAUUUACCUCAUACUAUGGGAGAAAAUGAAUUAAGCAAAUAUUUCUCAGAAUAUGGCAAAGUGGUCGAUUUAAAAAUUAUAUCUGGUCAAAAAGAUGGAACAAGAAAAGUUCCGAACUAUGGCUUUGUUAUAUUUUCUAGUUCCGAGCCAGUAAAAAAAUUGAUCAACGAAAAACCAAUUAUUUACAAAGGACACCGCUUAAAUGUAGAGGAAAAGAAGAAUCAACGUAAAGGAGGUGGACCUAUUGUAAAUAAUAGACCUAACAAAAUGGGACCUCCUAAUAAACCUCAUCCUCAACAGCAACCUUACCACCCACCACCUCUACCACGAUUAUAGUUUUUGUUUCCACCCUAUUUUCGUUUUCAUAUGUAUAUAAUAUCAGAUUUACCUAAAAAUAUAAUUAUGUAAUUUUAUGUUUUAAUUUAUUUUAACAUAAAUGCUUUUUCUCUUAUUAAUUCGUUUGAUAUUAGAAAAUUUUAAUAUGUAUUUGCCCUAACAUAUUACUCAAAUUUUUUUGUCAUUUUUGAGAUGUUUAUAAUGGCUUGAAUUUAUAAUAAAAAUUGCUCACA